UCUGCAAACUAAGCUUGGGCUGUGAACUUGUUCACCCUCCACUCUCUCCCAUUUCUCUCCAAUUUCUCUCUCUCUUUUCUCUCCAAUUCCAAACUCUCUUGUUUUUCCUUCAUAGUCCUAUAAAAUUUGGCCAUGUAAUCCUGUAGUAGAACAACAAAAAGAGACUAUAGAGUGUGUGUGUAAGAAAGAUAAUUGGUCACAUCUUCUGUUGUUUAUAAUUUGUUAGUUGUUUGUGUGUGUUGGAAUUGUUAGAUGGGUGUUGAAGAGGGAGAAGAAGUGUUCAGAAAGAAGGGACACAUGGAAGUUAGUGGAGAUACAUGGUUGUAUGCUAGCUGCCUUAAGAACUGUGCAAACUGGCGCUGUUUAAGAUACCAAUCUCCAUCUUCAAUCACUACUACUCCCUUUAAGUAAAAACAAACAACAACCUUGUCAAGUUGUGAUCCUCUCACUUUUUCUUAAUUACAUUUUAAGGGACCAAAACUUAAGUACCUUGAUCUAACAAGAUCUGUGAUUUUCCACUCAUGAAGAGACUUGGAAGAUCUGAUUCUUUAGGUGCUCUCAUGAAGAUUUGUCCACCAACAACAGACGAAAACCUCAGUCCAAGGAGCAACCACAACCAUGUUUAUGGAAGGGAGUUUCAGUCCAUGCUGGAAGGACUAGACGAGGAAGGGUGUGUUGAGGAACCAGGACACCACUCUGAGAAGAAACGAAGACUCGGUGUGGAUCAAGUCAAGGCUUUGGAGAAGAACUUUGAAGUAGAAAACAAACUUGAACCAGACAGAAAAGUGAAGCUAGCUCAAGAGCUUGGCUUGCAACCGAGGCAAGUAGCUGUUUGGUUCCAAAACCGUCGAGCUAGAUGGAAAACCAAGCAAUUGGAAAGAGAUUAUGGCGUUCUGAAAGCAAACUAUGAAGCACUGAAACUCAACCAUGAUUCACUCCAACGUGACAAUGAAGCCUUGCUCAAUGAGAUUAAGGAAUUGAAAUCAAGGGUGCAAGAAGAGAACAACAACAACACUGAAAGUGAUGCUUAUGUGAAGGAAGAGAUGAUAACCCUGCAAGACAUGACUCCACUUUCUGAAACCGCCAUUCCUGGAUCCGAUUCCAAGGAAUUGAGCUAUGAUUGCUGCUUCAAGAGCUCUGAUGAUGGGGUGGACGGAACCACCACCGCGUCGCUCUUCGCUGAGAAUCUGAAAGACGGUUCUUCCGACAGCGAUUCCAGCGCGAUCUUGAACGAAGACAACAACAGUCCCAACGCGGCGAUUUCUUCAUCUGGGGUUCUUCAGAGUCACGACUUUUUCAUUUCUCCAGGGUCAUCUUCGUUGAAGUUCAACUGCUCUUCGUCUUCUUCGCCGUCAUCCAUGAGUUGCUUCCAGUUUCAGAAGCAGUACCAUCCUGCACAGUAUGUGAAGAUGGAGGAGCACAAUUUCCUCAGUGCUGAUGAGGCUUGUAACUUUUUCUCAGAUGAACAACCACCAACCCUGCAGUGGUACUGUCAGGAAGAGUGGAAUUGACAUAGAAAAAACAGAACAAGAAGAAGAAAAUCACAAUCAACUUCCAUGAGUUUUUGCAACAAAAAAUAAGGCUUUUGGCACGGUGUAUAGUGUUGAAUUUGAUGGAGAUCUUUGUAAAAAUGGAAACAUUGAAUGGGGAGGCUCUCUGGUUCAUGACGCAGGCAUUGCAUGGUGAAGAUGAGAGCGAAGGUGAAGGGAGAGAGAGGAAGGGUUGGAAGGAAGUGGUGCAGGCAUGGUGUGGGGUAGGGGAUGAAAGGUCGAUGAUGAUUAAGGGUUAAUUAUCAUUCAUGACUCUCUCAGCCGUGCGGGGAAAGAGUAAUUUAUCAUGAAUAAUUAUGAUUAGGUCGUAAUGAAAUCUCUACUGUAAAAAUUUUGCAAUUGAUUAUGAGUAGAAAUUUACUGUUCUCAAUA